AUGAAGUUUAAUGUGCUAGCCUUGCUAUUGGCGGCGCCCGUGUUGGCAUCGCCCGGAGACAAUUUGGACGAAUUCUCCGACUGCCUCUACCAGUGUGAGCAGAUCGCUUGCUAUAGCAAUCCAUACUAUAUCAUCCAGGAGGAAUACCUGGAUAUUUGGCAUGAAAAAGGCUUGGAGUUUCACAACUAUAACCCCAAUUGGCAUUUCGAUGCAUAUUUGCCAUGGUACUUGAAGCUUUUGGGAUGGAAUUGCAGGUCGAAUUGUGAUUACCAGUGCCAACAGAUCGUCACCGAAGAACGCAUAAAGAACAACCAGGAAGUGUACCAAUUUCACGGAAAGUGGCCCUUUCGUCGUAUAGCUGGCAUCCAGGAGUUGGCAUCGGUGAUAUUCUCGAUCGGAAAUUUCUUACCCCACUACUAUGGCUUUCAAAAAGUGCGUGCUGUCAUGGCUCUGAAUCCUCCAGCAAAAGCCAUUGUCAACCGCUCUUACUACAACAUUUUGUUGAUGUCAUUUGUGACGAUGUGUGCGUGGAUAUUUUCCACUGUUUUCCACAUCAGAGACUUCUUAAUUACGGAAAAGUUGGACUACUACUUCGCGGGUCUCACGGUCCUCACGGGUUUCUACAGCAUUGCAUUCCGAUACUUCAAAUUGUACUUGCCUCGUCGUCGUAUUGCCGGCUGGGUAUUAGGUGCUGCCUGUAUUGCUGCUUACUGCGCUCACAUCUACCGUCUCGAAACAGACUGGCUGUACACUUACAACAUGCAAGCUAACAUUGUGGUGGCCGUGUUACAGAAUGUGCUCUGGUGCGGUACAUGCUUUGCACUCUAUACGGACUACUACAAUAAGGAGGCUGCUGAUAGUACGGUGCUCAAUUUUGACCAUCUUAAUUACAUUGUACCUGGACGUAUUAUCAUGGGCAGCUUUUAUUCAAAAUCCGCCAAGCUUUACUCGCUCUACCCACUCAUGCUCUGUUUCAUUGUGGUGGCUGGUAUGUCGCUAGAGAUAUUUGACUUCCCACCAUUUUUUUUCGAUUUGGUGGAUGCUCACUCGUUGUGGCACUUGGUGACGAUUUUCCCUGCGUUCUUGGGAUUAUAUGACUGGAUGAUCUGGGAUGUUAAUGAAAAUGUCUACGAACACCUUGCGCUGGCGCUUGAAAAGAAGCAGCAGUAA